UUGUGAGCCCAGGUCAGGUUUCGAUUUGAGGCUCUCUUUGUUUAUCGCCAUCUGUGGCGAGUCGGAGCCGUCGUCGAUUUUUAUAAAACAGGAAUGUAGAUUUCAUGAAAUGUAAGCGUAGCCUGCAAAUUUGAACGCAUUGUGCUGUCAGUUUUAGGGUUGUGAGGUUGUGUCAAGGGAAUGCGGUGCAGUUUUGGAUCGUUCUUCUUUAUUGCGCUUGGUAAAUUGUUUCUCUGUUUCUUUCCUGGGUCGUCGUGGUUGAGUCUGGUUUUCGGAUUUCAAAGAAUGCAGUCAUAGUGCAAUUCGAAGCUGGAAGCGUGUAGAGCGUUGUGGUAUUUGGAUAUGGUGUGAAGGUUUUGUGGUGGAGUUGUCCUGCGUCGUCAUCCCGGAGUAGCUAUUGCUAGUCGAGCCAAUUUAUUGUUUUGAGGUUUCAUAGCUCAAUUUUACUUCUUGAGGGUUAGAAUUGUAGAGCUUGACAAUGUUAGUGUUGGCCAAGUUACUCUUUUUGCAAUUGCAACCUUGUGGACGACUGUGAAUGAGUCGAAUCGCACCAUCAUGAUCACGUGUAGGGUUUGGGUUGGUUUGGGGCCGGUGAGCCCUUCUUUGAUUCUUCUGCCCUCGAAGAGUAACGGAGAAUGCGUCCUAAGUGCAAGAAAAGCUGAUUGGGGAUUACUGAGCCAAGUGCAAUGCCAACGCUUUCGAUGUCUAUCUUCAGAAUAUAAGGGUCAUAAUCUUAAACUUAGAAGACGUAGCCGUGUCUCAGCUUCCAACAGAGAAAACGGUAGUUUAAAUGGGCGUUUCCAGGAAUCACUGAGUCAAGAGAAUGGGUAUCCGGCACCAACUGAAGGGACUGAUCCUCACACUUUCUCCACGGCGAUGGACUCCUUAGCUAUUAAAGCAGAGGAAGCUUACAAUGACGUACAGGAUUCUUUUGCCAAGAGUAGUAAACAACGGAGCUUAUCUGGCUGCGCUUCUAUCAAAGUGUUCGGUGUCGGGGGUGGUGGAUGCAAUGCGGUAGACGAAAUGGUGAGGUCAGAACUAUUGAAUGUUGAGUUCUGGGCCGUCAAUACUGACAAACAAGCAUUGAACAAGUCGCUGGCUCCCAAUAAAAUUCAAAUUGGACAGGACACGACAGCCGGCCGCGGUGCAGGUGGAAGAAGUGCAACCGGUGAGGAAGCAGCUACAGAGUCAUUGGCGGAGCUUUCGAUGGCACUUGAAGGUGCCGAUUUAGUCUUCAUCGCCUCCGGUAUGGGUGGCGGUACUGGUUCAGGAGCAGCUCCUGUGGUGGCUCGGUUGGCGAAGGCUAUGGGAGCGUUAACGAUUGGCAUAGUAACUGAACCUUUCACAUUUGAAGGGUUCACCCGAGCUCGACAAGCUAGGAAAGCCAUUGAGGACAUGCGCCAUGCGGCUGACACUGUGGUUGUAGUUCCAAAUGAUCGGUUGCUCCAGACUGUAGCACCUGACACAUCUAUGCUGGAGGCUUUCCAUCUUGCAGAUGACGUCUUGCGGCAGGGAGUGCAAGGAAUUUCAGACAUCAUCACGAUACCCGGGCUAGUCAACGUCGACUUUGCGGAUGUGAAAGCUAUCAUGUCAAAUGCAGGGAGUGCAAUGUUGGGAAUCGGCGCUGGUUUUGGGAAGAACCGUGCUGAGGAGGUGGCACGGUCAGCCAUCAUGUCUCCUCUACUCCGCUCCGUCUCGAGACCCAUGGGUAUUGUGUACAAUGUGACAGGUGGGAGCGACCUAACUCUUCACGAGGUCAACAUCGCUGCCGAAAUUGUUCAUGACAUGGCUGAUCCAAACGCAAAUGUUAUCUUUGGGGCGGUCAUUGAUGAGAGCUUUAAGGGGAUGAUACGUAUGACUGUCAUUGCAACUGGAUUUAGAGAGCCUGGAGAGGAGAAGGUCGUUGGUAGUGUUCGAACUGUAGACGAUGAUAUAUUCUACUGGGAACAGAAUAAGAAUAGGUCCGACCUUGGCAAAGUGCCGGACGUUUUGCGAAGAAAAGAUCGAAGGCGUGGCAGUGGCAGGUAACUGCCGGGUUUACUCUUUAUGCGUAUGGGAUUUAAAGAGAAGCCGCUGAGCCUGAGAUUCUACAGGAGGUUUGUGGAGUUGUUGUGAUCAAGCACCAUCUUUCAAUAGAAUGAAGAUCAUGGUUUUAAAAACAGUGAGCAUUUCUCAAUCGAUACUCUGAAAGCCUGUACUCAAAGCUGGAGCUGCGAAAACAGUGUACGAAGGGCACUGAUUUGAUGACACAGCAUCUUUGUGAAUAGAACCAGGAAUUGAAUUUGAGGAACAUGGGGUUCUUUAUUUUUUAAGGGUUUGUGAAAUGUCUAACUGUAAAGCGUUGUGCGCUUCAUUUCUCACUUAACAAGUACCUCUAGCAUUUCUGGUGGUACAUAGCCUUCAGUUGGAGGGAAUCGCUGGACGACAACAAAGGUGAUUCGACAGUGUAAUUGUUUAGGAAUGUUUUACAUUGAGACAAGGUGGGAGGCCACAAUUUUUAAA